UGGUUCUAGAUUGUGGAGAUCUUUGUAUGUUUGAUGUCUUUUUCAAUUUGUGUUAGCGAAAUGGAGGAGCGCAAUUACCGUGAUUGAUGUUCCUGUGUUUUGUGCUGGUUUCGGAUUUUUGUUGAGUUUGGACGGUGAGGUGGGCCAGGGCUAGGGCUAGGGUUUUUCGAUCGAUGGAACCAUUUUAAUUUUCUUCGGGACGGUUGAAUAAGAAAUUUCUUAUGUCUGUGUGCCUUUGGCCGUUGAACUAAGGGCUUGUUUGCUGCUGGAUAUUGAGGUUUUUUCACCGUGAAGAUUUGAUCUCGAUGGAGGCAAAGUUUUAGUGAUUUGGGACUUCCAGUUCGGUAACCUCGGAAAAGAAAAGUAGUCUUGUUGGAAGCAGAUGAUCAUGUACGAGCCAGACCCUGAUGUUGUCCGCUGGGGCCUCCAUCACCUAGAUGUUUGUCGAAUAUCAACUGGAAGAGCAUUUGCAAGCAUACAUUCUUGCUCAGGAUUGGAAGAGUUGUUCGCAUGGAGAUUGUAAUUUUGGUACUGGAGAAAAACCCGAGCUUGGGAAAAGUCAGGAGGGAGCAUAUGAACACGGGAAAUCUACUUCGUUUUCUAGUGCAGAAGAAAACACACUUGGUCCAGAGGAUUGUUCGCCAGAGAUGGCAGACGAGUCUACUCUUGAUGGUGAAGUAGGCAAGAGGUUGAAUCAGAUGAUUCCUGUGCCUCAUGUUCCUAAAAUUAAUGGAGAGAUACCCUCAGCUGAUGAGGAGACAUCAGAUCAUCAGAGACUGCUUGACAGGUUGCAAGUGUAUGACUUGGUUGAGCUAAAGGUUAAAGGAGAUGGAAACUGCCAAUUCCGUGCUUUAUCAGAUCAAAUAUAUCGCAGUGCUGAGCACCACCAAUUUGUAAGACAAGAAGUUGUUGAUCAGCUCAGAUUGCACCCGGAAUUAUAUGAGGGUUAUGUGCCAAUGGCUUAUGGUGAUUAUUUGAAGCAUAUUAGCAGGAUUGGUGAAUGGGGCGAUCAUGUCACAUUGCAGGCUGCUGCAGAUGCGUAUGGUGUCAAGAUAUUCAUCAUAACUUCAUUCAAGGAUACUUGUUACGUUGAGAUUCUUCCUCAUGUGCAGAAGUCCAAAAGAACUAUAUUUUUGAGCUUCUGGGCAGAGGUGCAUUAUAACUCCAUUUAUCCAGAAGAAGAUCUUCCUGCAUUAGAACCAAAGAAGAAGAAGGGGUGGUGGUUUCUUUGAAGUUAGUAGAGCCAAUGAUAAUAGUUGAGCAUUUGCGACUUUCUGCCUCUCAUAGAAGGGAUUUCUUUUGUUUUAUUCCUUUUUUUUUCCAGAGGCUAGUUUUUCCAUUGUACAUAAUAAAUUUUCUGAAUCUAGGCAUUAUUUGAGCUGUACUCUUAGAUAUAUAUAUAUAUAUAAUCCAUUGAUUCAUGUCUA